UUCGUACCAUCGUUGGGCGCUUAUUUCAUAGAUUACCUGUUUUAUUCGCACCGCGGGCUCCGUAAUAGUCAUAUCGUACGUGUUUAGUGAUGUAAAACAGUGCGCGCGCAAGAUAUUCACGCGGUAUAUUUCGAAAUUUACAGUGCUUUUGUUGGAUAAUAAUUCGUUUUUAUAAUUAAAGAUCACCGUCAAACAUGGGAGAGUUCAAACGCAGCCCAAGCAAAGUAUGGUGGGGCAACGACUUGGACCAAAACUGCAGAAACACCUCAUCCAGUCCAGGCAGCCAAGACUCCGGAUUCUCAGACAGCGAACUGCACAACAACAGCCACCAAAACAACACUCCUAAAGGCACCUUAGCCCAACGUAUACCAAAGGAGAUCUUCAAAGAGCUCUCCAACACCAAAACCGGCCUGAACCUGUCCAUCAACUACAAGGAGAAGAUCACACCAACCAAACACUCACCCAUCUUGUCCAAACCAAAAACUAAAGAACUACCAACGUCAGAACCCAGCAAGAAAAAUCGCUACGUGAAAUAUUCACCCAGAGUGAGCAGAAGUCUGUUUGUACGUAAAACGUAUUCGAAUGAAUUGAUGACUAAUCAGUAUUCAGAAAGCGACAGUGACAACACUAGACAUUCUUUAACCACCGACUCAAGCAAUGACGGUAGCAAUUGUUCGUCGUCGUACUACGAUAACUCCAAUGAGGAGGAAGACAGCAGCGUUUUCGAAGUUAAAUCUUUGCCGAAUGCAUCAGCGUCCGAGAAAGAGUAUAGUUGGGAGGGUUUUUUCAAUAAGAGUGCUCCAGCUGGUUUCUUGGAGGAUUCUUCUAGUGACGACGAGGGUGUGACUGCGUUCAACGAGAGUUAUAGUGAUAGUGAAUGCGAGAAGGAAUUGCAGGAUUUGUUCGAUGAUUUGGAGUCGCCGAAACACACCUCUACUCCAAAGGCAGGAUCUGGUAUGGAGAGGGCUAGGAGAGGAAGUCUUCAUAUGAAUUUGAUGCUCAAGUUUCAGAGGGAAAGGGUUCCUCCAAUACAUAUCGAAAAUGAAACAGACGACGACGCAGUAAAAUUGUGGCUUCAAGAGAACAAGUCUAGAUAUGACCCAGAAUGCAUGAUAAGUCUUCAAAGCAAAUCUAUUGCAGCUGAACUCAAUGAAAAGGUUGCUUAUCUCGCAAACUCCGUAACUGCGAAGUUUAGGGAGAUGUUACGAAUGUCAAACCAUAUAGAGUCAGAAUGGAGGCAACUAAAUAGUGGUGAAGAUCUUACAAGCAUCGAGACGGAAGGCUUAGUCAACAGCAUCAUGCACUUCUUCAAGACUUACAACAGAGACCUCCACUUAGCUAUCUCCAAGAAAACAGAAGACUUCAAAGCUACAGAUAAGGCAGUUCUUGCCAAAAACCUGAACCAACUCUACAACAUCUGGAACUCCUUCCACCAAGAACUAUGCACGCAAUCUGUGAAAAAACUGUUGACCAAACUCGAGUAUCCAGCAUCCGAAAUCGACUUGAAAGCAACCGUUAGCGGAAUCACAAUGAUUGCUUUAACUGGAGAAAGACUGAUGGAAGAAUUUGUCAAGUACGACGCUGUUCCGAUGCUUCUGAUACAUUGCGAAAAAUGUGAAGGGUCUUCUGUUAGAUGUUUGAUACUCAGGGCUCUGUCCACUAUGUGCUGUAUAGCACCAGCAGUCAGGCAGUUUGAAAAGUUUUCUGGGAUCCAACUGAUAGCAGAUAUCCUCGAAGAGGAAACAAGACCAGAGCCUGAACAUUCAGAAGCUGUGACAUUGCUGGCUCAAAUAACGGCACCUUGGGUAGAAGACAACUACAGCAUUAGAGGCCUUCCGGAUUACUCCAAAAGACUAGUCAGAUCCUUAACCAAAUUCUUGAAGACCACCAGGUGCUGUCAAAAUCUCCUCCUGUGUAUUGCUGCUUUAGCCAACCUCAGUGCCAUGGAUGCCCCAACAACCAUCAAGUACAUAAUGAACGAAAACAGUGUCAAAGAAAUUCUGAAGACCAUACAAAGAAGAAACGACAUUUCAGUUUACAUUCUAGAGCAGAUAGCUGCUUUACUAGCCAACGUAUCUGCUGUUGAAACAACAAGGGGUCCCCUUAUAGAUAUAAGAGUACCUGCAGCACUUUUGUGCUUCCUACAGGUGAAAAAUGUAGAUGAGAAUAUCGAAAAAAGGCUGCAGCAGAAAGUUAUGAUUGCGUUAUCAAGACUUUGUGGAGACCAAAGAGCUGCACAGCAGAUUGUUGAAGUUGGGGGUGUUAACAAAUUAGUCAAAUUGUGUAGGGAAAAAGAUGACAGGUUCAACAGUGAUGCAGUCUUGGUUGCUGCUCUGGCCUCACUGCGAAAGAUAGUGGAAACAUGUGGCAAAGAAGUUAUAAGCACCCAAGAUUCUCAAGAACUCGUCGAACCAAAGUUACUGGACUCAUUUCUGGCCUAUUCUAAUCAGAAUGAAAGCUACGUCUGAUUAUCUCAAGAGACUCAAGUAUUGUUAGAAUACAAAAUAAAUGGUCCAUUCUGGUUUGAAGGAAACAACUUCAACAUUUUUGAAUGCCAAAUGAUUUUGGGUACUUGAGAGCCAUCUGUAAUAACUACAAUGUGUAUCAAAAACAUUAUAUACCAUAAAACUCAGUUAUGCCUGUGCUCAAAAGUGAUUGAAUAUAUUUUUGAAGAAUAUUAAUGAGUAGAAACCAUAUUGCUUUUUCUCAUUAUUAUUUUAUCGUUUUAUAAAUUUAUUGGUGCCUACUUACAACUGCAAAGUAAUAUAUGAACUGAAUUUUUGUUUCAACUUGUAACUUUUGCAAACUCGAAACAGGAAUGUUUUUGUUUAAGUAUUUUAUUUUUGUUAUGUAUAUUUAUAUUUUAUUUAUUACGAGUUAUGUUUUAAUAACUCCCCCAAUAAAGAAAUAUUCUUAA